CAUGCCAAGAAAAAAGGUAAAGUAAAUGACAUAGCGAUGCUGUAUUUGGCAGAAACAGUUACACGAAACGGUAAAACAAAGAAGAUCAAAGGGCGGUUCUCAACUAGAUUGUUUGAUUUGAAGGUACAACAGGACAUAUAUCCAGAUUGUGUGAUAAUAGAUCCUAUCAAAUUAAAAGGACAGGGUAAUCCUAUCGUCUGCACUUUAAAUGGCGGGGCGAGCGUUCAGAUCGGUAUACACAUAGAUAACAGCGGCUGUUCCAAUAAUGUGAUGGUGGCGACACGAUUGUCAAGAUUUCGGUCCUGGCUGCGUAAACCAUCAAAAGAGAACGCCAUUAUCAGGAAACUUAAGACCGGUGAAAAUGGUGGAACAGAUGGGAAUAAAACAACUAACGGAACAACCAUUGAAAGUGGUAAUCUAACAAAGAACGGAAGUGGUAAUGGAACAACCGAGGGUGGUAAUGGAACAACCGAGGGUGGUAAUGGAACAAUCCAUGGUGGUAAUGGAACGACCGAUGGCGGCAAUGGAACAAUCAAUGGUGGUAAUGGAACGACCGAUGGUGGUAAUAAUGGAACUACAACGGGUAACUAUAUAAUUAUAUGA